AUGCUGCCGGACCACGUCGGCGCGCCGCUCGGCCACGAGCACGGCGGCUUCACCUUCUUCAUGCUGGAGUUUCAUUACGACAACCCUCGCAAGCACGCCGGUUUGAAGGACAGCAGCGGUAUCGAGUUGUUCUUCACGCGCUCGCUUCGCCCGGUGGAGGCGGGCGUCCUGACCGUGGGGCACGCGGUAUCGUCCACCCAGCUGAUCCCUCCUGGACAGAAGAACUUCAUCACGGCCUCAGUGUGUGCCGGAGCCUGCACGGAGGAGUACCUGCCCAGCGAAGGUGUGCAGAUCCACUCUGUCCUACUGCACGCACACGUGGCGGGCAGGUCGCUGAACGUGCGGCACAUCAGAGAUGGCCGCGAGCUGCCGCCCAUCGCUCACGACUGGACGUAUGACUUCAACUUCCAGCAGAGUCGCGUAAUGAAGGGGAAUGUGCGGAUCCUGCCUGGCGACACACUAAUCCUGGAGUGCGGAUACAACACGGAGGACCGCACCAACGUCACCAUGGGUGGGUUCUCCACUCGGAACGAGAUGUGCCUGGCGUUCGUGACGUACUACCCGCGGACGGCCCUGCACAGCUGCCCCAGUUACCCUAAUAUGGGCCACUACCUGAAGGAUCUCGGUGUGCGAUCGGUGGAGGUCGCUGGUCUGGAGUUGCCCCCGGAUAUUGGAGGGAAUCUCUGGACUAUUGGCGGAUUUAAAUACAGAACAGACCUCGUCAACCAGCUUCAGAUUUUCAAAAAUGAGACGGAAGAAGACAAGAGUAUCAGAUCAUCGAAUGAUAACUCUGUCAAGGUGUCUCCCGAAGAGUGGUUUAAUAAAGCCCAGCUUAGUACCAUGAAGGUGUCAGCAGAAGGCUCGCCGACCGUCACCCUGUACGAGUACCUGACUCAGAUGAACUGGGAACAGCCAGCUGUGGAUGCCCUGCAGGCUCAGGUCAACGGUGGCCAACUCUUCCAUCGGUGUCGAGGCAAUCAUGCGAUGUUACCGAGCGACUACAGAGACGAGUACUCGGGACCGUCUUCGUACCCCGAGUUCGAGCCUCUGGUGGCGGAGACGCCCGCGUGCGCAUGAGGAAGCACCAGUGGAGCAGCCAGGCGGCAUGGCCUUCUGGGCCUCGUCUCGCUUACCGUGGUC